AUGCGUAGUUUAUCGAUGUCUGUUAACCCUGCAUUAGCAUUAGGAAUGACGCAGAAGCUUACAUCGAAAGGAUCAGCAGCCUUAUGGUUAUCGCAUUCAGUUGAGUCUGGCGCGGGCAAGAGGAGGGUGUUUGCCAUAGGAAACUAUGUCAAUCAGAGGCUUCUCCGACCUCUCCAUAAUUGGUUCAUGAAGGCGUUGGGAGAUCUGAAAACAGAUGGCACCUUUAAUCAAAGUGCCCCUAUUGAUAGACUAGUGGGUGCAAAGAAGAUCUACUCUAUCGCACAGAUAGGUGGCCUUCGACAUGCACUUACUUAA